AUGCUGCGCUCCGAUGCUGACGGUGACGGUGCCUCGGGGACAUUCCCCUGCGGGAAGCCAGGCGCCGUGGAUGUGCCUGCAUUCUUCCCUGCAGAGCCCACGCCUCCCGUGCUAUUCGAAGCUAGCGUGGCGUGCAGAGCUCCCUGCAGCCCCAAUAGUGCGCGGGUCUCCGAAUUACCGCCAGGCCGGCCGGGCGCGAUCGCAUCCGCUCGACAUGCGGUGCCGCCCAGCUUCUUACUGAAAGAGUUCAGAGAGCGCUGUGCUCAGUGCGACGCGGUGUCUUGGGGUCUGACUGAUGAAGGCAAAUACUAUUGUACUUCCUGCCACAACGUUACAGAAAGAUCUAAGGACGUUUUAAACAGCGAGGCGAUUCCUAAUACUAAAAUACAAGCUAUCAACCGCGGGCUUAAAAAGAGAAAUAAACUUGAGAAAGGCUGGGACUGGUACGUGUGCGAAGGCUUUCAGCACGUCCUGUAUCAGCAAGCAGAGGCCUUGAAGGCCCUGGGGGUCGGCCCAGAGUUAAAGAAUCAAGUUCUGCAUAAUUUUUGGAAGCGCUACCUGCAGAAGAGCAAGCAGGCGUAUUGCGAAAACCCAGUUCAUGCCAGAAAGAGGAAAGCCGCGGUCCUGGGCAGUCCGAGUCACUCGGACUGGGAGAGCGAGCCUGCGCUGCUGAGUGACGCCAGCGGCCCUUUUAUUGAAAGUGACGGCCCGCGGAAGCCGUCCCCCCCCAGCAGAGCAUCCCACUCAGAAAUGGCCUCCAUCUGCUCCGGGUCUCUUGAUGGAGUCGAGUACUCUCUGCGCAAGGAGAAGGGGCUCGUGAAGAUGACCAUGCCCGCGACCCUCGCUCUCUGCGGCCUGUCGUUGCUGUGGCAGCGGGAGGCGCUCGCCCUCUCCGACCUCCUGCGAUUUGUUGAAGAGGGCCAUAUUCCUUAUGUAAAUGCUUUUGAGCGUUUUCCAGAAGAGAUGAAAUUGUAUGGGCGUGACAAAGGAAUCUUUGCUAUAGAGUCGUGGCCCAGCUACGAGGACGUCUACAGGCAGAUGAUUGACGUCGCCACCUUCCUGGACCUGCCUCGCUUCCCGGCCAUCACGGAGGACUGCUACCUCCACCCCAACAUCCUGUGUCGGAAGUACCUGAUGGAAGUCAACCUUCCCGACGAAAUGUCCGAUUUCACCUGCCAGGUGGUCAAGAUGGCUGGCAUCGGGGAGGUGGACUUCCUGACCUUUGACCCCAUAGCCAGGAAGGGAAGGACUGUGAAGUACGACGUGCAGGCGGUGGCCGUCAUUGUGAUAGUGUUGAAGCUGCUCUUCCUGUUGGACGACAACGUAGAAUGGUCUUUGUCUGCUAUUGCUGAGACAUACAACGAAGAGAACAAAGAAGAUAAGCCAUGUUUUGAUUUCAGAAAAUGGUACCAAGUUAUGAAGAAGUCUUUUGAUGAGAAAAAACAAAAAUGGGAGGAAGCCAGGGCAAAGUUCGUGUGGAAAAGCCAGAAGCCACUCUACCACUCGCCCAUCGACAGAUCAGUGGUGUAUAAGCGAAGGGAGAUGGUGGUGAAUCUACAAAAACAGUUUAGCACACUGGUUGACUCAACACCAACUGCUCCCCAAAAAAGCCCUUCAAGUUUUCAGUUCAACUGGACUGAAGAAGUCACCGGAGGAACCUGUUUCCAUGGACACAGCCUCCAGGGCAUCCUGUACAAGAAAGGCCAGUCAGUGACGACCAUGAACUCACUCUACUGGCUCAGUACACAGAAGUUCUGUAGAAGGUGGGUGGGACUCUCGGAAGUAAAGGAUCGGAAACACGCUACUGUAAACAUGUGACAACCUAUGAAGAAUCCAAUUUCUCACUGACUUACCAGUUUAUAAUCAAUCUCUUCUCCUUCCUGCUAAGAAUAAAGACCUACUCCCUCCACG